UUAAAAAAAGAAAAGAAAAAAAAAAGUAUUUAUUUUCAUUGAGAAGAAGAAACCAAAAAACGGUGGAGGUUGAACAAUUAGGGAGAGUUUAUUUUUUCUUUUACAGGUCAUGAGGCUAGUUAACGAUUAACAAGACCCACGUGGGUGUCUGGUGUUCAAAACUGUGAGUGGCUGGGUUAUGUGAUGUCUUUGGCAUUGGGGUCAGCUUUACCCCAGCUCCGAGUGUGAGCUCAGCCAUGCGCCCAGGCCUCCGGGGGAGAUGCUUCUUCUGGUUGUGGGGGCUCUUUUUCUGGUUCGGCGUUGGAAGUGCAGGAGAUACGCCUCCUACCGAACAGCCAAAGUGCACUGACUUCCAGAAUGCCAACCCCUUCCGAGGCACCAAUCUCAAAGUCCAGUUCCUCCUCUUCACCCCUUCGGAUCCUCACUGUGGGAACCUUGUUGAAGAAAGUAGUGACCUCCAAAACUCUGGAUUCAAUGUCACUCUGGGAACCAAACUAAUAAUCCAUGGAUUCAGGGCUUUAGGAACAAAGCCUUCCUGGAUUGAGAAGCUCAUCAGGACCCUUCUCAGGGCAGCAGACGCUAACGUGAUUGCCGUGGAUUGGGUGUACGGCUCCACAGGCGUCUACUUCUCAGCCGUGGAAAAUGUGGUUAAGCUGGGACUCAAGAUCUCCAGUUUCCUCAGUAAACUCCUGGUGCUGGGUGUGUCGGAGUCCUCCAUCCACAUCAUUGGUGUGAGCCUGGGGGCCCACGUUGGGGGCAUGGUGGGACAUUUCUACAAAGGCCAGUUGGGAUUGAUCACAGGCCUGGACCCUGCUGGACCAGAGUAUACCAGAGCCAGCCUGGAGGAGCGCCUGGAUGCUGGAGAUGCCCUCUUUGUGGAAGCCAUCCACACAGACACCGACAACUUGGGUAUUCGGAUUCCUGUUGGACAUGUGGACUACUUUGUCAACGGAGGCGAAGACCAGCCUGGGUGUCCCACCUUCAUUCAUGCAGGCUAUAGUUAUCUGAUCUGUGAUCAUAUGAGGGCUGUGCACCUUUACAUCAGUGCCCUGGAGAAUCUCUGUCCCCUGAUGGCCUUUCCCUGUGCUAGCUACAAGGCCUUCCUUGCUGGACACUGUCUGGAUUGUUUGAAUCCUUUUCUGCUUUCCUGUCCAAGGAUCGGGCUGGUGGAACAAGGUGGUGUCAAGAUAGAGCCACUUCCCAAGGAAGUGAGAGUCUACCUCCUGACCACUUCCAGAGCUCCGUACUGUGCGCAUCACAGCCUUGUGGAGUUUAACUUGCAGGAGCCAAGAAACAAGGACACCCAUAUCGUGGUCACCUUCUUGAGCAGCAAUGUCACCUCCUCAGCCAAGAUCACCAUACCGAAACAGAAACUUCAGGGGAGAGGAGUCCUAGCUCACCCCACUCCUCAGUGCCAGAUACACCAAGUGAAUCUCAAGUUUCAGGCUUCUCGCCAGUUUUGGAGAAAAGACCGGACUACCAUUGUUGGGAAAUUCUGCACUGCUCCUUUGCCUGUCAAUGACAAUAAAAAGACGGUCUGCUUACCUGAGCCAGUGAACUUACAAGCAGGUGUGACUGUUUGUCGUGACCUCAAAAUUACAUGUGUAUAGUAAAAGCCUGGGCAGGACGUAUCCCUGGAUUGUAGGGAUGUG